GCGCCGGGGGGCGGGGGCACGGCCUGAGCGUCAUGCACGGCACUGUAAAAAUACGCCGCUUCGGACAAUAGGUGUAACUUUCGUGCCUGUGAGUCACUCCAAAACAACUUGGUGAUACGCGAGUCCCAGGCGAUUCUUUUCGCCCCAUUGUCCCCCAGACAUUCUUACAUUUCAUAUCUUAUUUACUUACAGAAUGUCAGAUGGAUCUUAGGUAGUUCUCCCUUUAUCAGACUGAUUCCUCGGCGCGGUUCUCACCGGCGCAGUGUUACUUUUGACGGUAAGCGUGCAGCACUUAGCCGGAUAGCUAACUGCCGAGCUAAGCGCCUCGUCCUCGGAAGCCCCCCUGUCAUGUUCACGCGUGGAUCCAAAAAGAGACGCUCCAAUCGUUCGCAGGCAGGAGAUGAGGACCCAGACUGGGGGCAGCCCUGUAACCGGUGUGGUGACCAGUGCCCAGGCUUCCGCGUGCAUGGCUGGAGGAAGAUCUGCAUCCACUGUAAGUGCGUGCGUGAGGAGCAUGCUGUUCGGCCCGCACCGGGCCAGCUGGAGAGGAUGAUGACCAAGCUGGUGUUCGACUUUCAACGGCACUCCAUCUCCGACGAUGACUCUGGGUGCGCCUCCGAGGAAUACUCCUGGGUCCCACCCGGGCUAAAACCGGAGCAGGUGUAUCAGUAUUUCAGCUGUAUUCCUGAGGACAGGGUCCCAUAUGUAAACAGCCCUGGGGAGCGAUACCGUAUCAAGCAGCUCCUCCACCAGCUGCCGGCCCAUGACAGCGAGCCCCAGUACUGUAACUCCCUGGAUGAGGAGGAGAAGAAGGAACUGCGACUUUUCAGUCAGAAGAGGAAACGGGAAAACCUGGGCAGAGGCUCCGUCAGGAUUUUCCCCGUUACCAUGAUGGGUGCCGUCUGUCAGCAGUGUGGCAGGCAGAUCCGGGGCGGUGACAUCGCCGUGUUUGCCAGCAGGGCGGGGCUGGGUGCCUGCUGGCACCCCCAGUGCUUCCUGUGCGCCCACUGCCACGAGCUGCUGGUGGACCUCAUCUACUUCUACCAGGAUGGCAAGGUGUACUGCGGGCGGCACCACGCCGAGCAGCUGAAACCGCGGUGCCAGGCCUGCGACGAGAUCAUCCUGGCGGAUGAGUGCACGGAGGCCGAGGGUCGUCACUGGCACAUGCGGCACUUCUGCUGCUUCGAGUGCGAGGUGGCGCUGGGCGGUCGCCGCUACAUCAUGCGGGAGAGCCGGCCCUACUGCUGCUCCUGUUACGAGUCGCUCUACACCGAGUACUGCGACACCUGCGGGGAGAACAUAGGCAUUGACCAGGGCCAGAUGACGUAUGAGGGCCAGCACUGGCAUGCCACAGAGGCGUGCUUCUGCUGUGCCCACUGCCAGCUCCCCCUGCUGGGCAGACCCUUCCUUCCACGCGGAGGCCUCAUUUUCUGCUCCCGCCCCUGUUCCCUGGGGGAGGAUCCCAACAACUCUGACUCCUGUGACUCAGCUUUCCAGAGCAGCCUCUCCAAGCCCAAAGUACUCCAAGCUGCCAGUGCAGAAGCAAAACCACAGGCCCAUCCACAGCCCAGAACGGAAUACGAACCCUCAGUGGCACCCGGGAAGACCGGAGGGAAUGGGGAAUUGGAAAACAGAAGUCUGCCUGGCUUCACACCGCAGCAGACUUUGGAGAAUGCAGAGACAUUACCCAAUGGACACAGCAGAACCACGCCAUCCCCAGAUCCCCUCAGCCAGCCCUCCCAUGAGCAGCAUCCUGAGCCAGUAAACGUAACCACCGGCAACAAGAAUCAGGCCAAGGCCACAGAGCGGGAGCUGGAGCAAUCGCUUCUGGAGCACUUCUACCCAAACAGCACAUCAAGAGGGACAACAACUGCAAGGAGCUGGAGCAGUGAGGCAGAGCAGAGGGACGCUGAGUUUUCACCCCAGCAUUACUCUGUGCCAGAUGUGGGUGGUCCUCUCUCUCCUGCCAACCCCCCUCACUCUGUAGAGUCUGGCUACUCCCAGUGUUGCCAAGCAAAGACCACAACCGCUGAAGCCAAGCCCACAACCCCUGGGACCCAACUGGCUCGCACCGGAAUCAGCAGGGUCUGCUUCAAAGAACCAGUCAGCUGCAGCUACAUGGUGGGAGAUAAUGAAGAGAAGACUGAGGAAAAAGAAGAGGUGCUUCAGCAAGGAGACCAGGGCCAGGUGGUGCCUGGAGGGUUUAGAAGAAAGUUGUCGAGUUUCCCACCUCAGAUGGAUCUCUUUGUGGAUGGCCCGUUCCCACAUCGCAGUUACCGACGAGGGCCACAGAGCUGCAAGCGUGAGCACCUUGCCUCCGAUUGCGCUGUCACCAUUGGCACUGAGACGCGGUUCCGACAGGGGCAGUCUGACAGGCCGCGCUUGGACUCUCUGGACUGGCGGGGAGAGCUUGAGAAGGGCUGCAGCAUCCCAGCGACUCCACCCCUCUCCCUCUGCCCCGGAUACUUUAAGCAUGAAGACUGCUGCUCCACCUGCUCCUCCUCCUCCGAGUCUGAGGAAGAGGGCUACUUCCUGGGUCAGCCUAUCCCACUACCCCCACAGCUGUGUCGAAGCCAAGCAGGUGUUGGGGAGAGGGAAAGAGGGAAACGUGGAGAAACAGAAGAUGGCUUGCAGAACUCUCACAAGAGGAGGGAACGGGGAAGGACGCACAGCUUCAGUGGGAAAGAUAAGAAUUGCAUCCUCUCAUGACUCCCAAAGGUUAAUCUCCACCCGCAGCUUUCUCUGCAAAGCAUUGUGAUAUCGACCCCUUAAGAAGCCAGAAGAUUUCACUGAAAAGCCAUCCAUGUAUUUCAGCAGCAAAUUAAUUAAUCACAUUUGUGUAUUACACAAAAAAGUCCUAACGUCCAGUAACUUCAAUAAAUGUUCUGAAUAAUGGCCAACAGACAUAUCUUGUUCAGACACAAAGAAUCAAAUAAAAAAAAAUCACAUUUUUAAAAUACUUUUUACAUUUUCACAUUUCACACUUUAAUGGGACAUGGUAUUGACAUUAUCUUCAGUAAAAUUAAGUUAUAAGGGUGCCUUCUACAAAUUCAAGAUUUCUUCCAAGUUCAUGACCUACACUUAAGAGCUUUAUACUCACAGAACAUGAUUUUAUUGUAAUCGGUUUCUACCAAAUUUCUAUUCAGGUUGAAUUGUAAAUAAGACAUCCAUCCAUCCAUUUUCCUACUGUUGAAGGUCAAGAUUAAGCAGGACAUGCCACAACGUAUCCACAAAGUAUUCUCCAGAGAAUGAUUCAAAAAAGGUAAAUAGUAACAUGUACAUUGUAGCUUAUAUAAUAGAACCAUUUUUGUGUCACAUACACCGAUUUCCAUGUUUGAAGAUGGGAAAACACUUGCAUUUAACUGAAACUUGAAGGAAAGCUGAUUAACGUGAUUGCCACAAAGAUGCUGAAUUGCAGGAUCUUCAGAGAAAUUGUAUACUGAGUGUUAUGUACACUGAGAACAGAAAUUUAAGAGAUUUAAAUUUCAGUGUGGGCUUGAUGUGUGCAAAACGUAUGUCUGCUAUAAGUGAAAAGUCAAAGUAACUUAUUACAGUAUUUCCUGUUUUUCAUACUCUUCAAUAAAUGUUAAGAUAUA